UGUGAUAAAGCUAACGUCACCUUGCAUUUCAUUAUAAACAAAUCGCUUUAUCAGAGGUUCGUGAAGCGGAGAGCUGCUUUCCUUUCCUCUCCUGACAGUCUGACAGUCCACAGACUCUGAGCGGCUUGCGCCUCAGCACGUCUCCAUCUCGGGUUGUAAAUGAGUUUGCUUCUGCCAGGCAAAGGUCACACUUGCUGAGUUGGACUUUAACCGAUGAAUUUAUUUUUAGAGGCUCCGCGCGGCUCGGAUCGGGUUCACUUGUAGCACCUCCACCUCGGCACGCCGGGUCAGGCUGUCUGCUGUCGUCCAGUCUCUGGCUGACUGACAGAUGUCUUCACCAUGAUGCUGUGCUGCAGCGGCCUGGUCGUGGCUCUCCUCCUGUCCCAGGCGAGAGGCUUCCUGCAAGCCCCGGAUGAUGACGGCGUCCCUGAGGAGUGGGUGCUGCUCCACGUGGUUCAGGGCCACAUCGGGGCCGGCAACUACAGCUACCUGCGGCUCAACCACGACGGCAGGAUCAUCCUGCACAUGCGUAGCCUCAAGGGAGACGCAGAUUUGUACGUGUCCGACAAGACCCUGCGGCCCAACUUCGACACCUACAAGCUCCAGUCGGCGACCUGCGGCCAGGACGUGGUGGUGGUGCCCGGGGACUUCAUGAGGCCCGUGGGAAUCAGCAUUUACGGCCACCCGUCUCACCAAGAGAGUGAAUUUGAAAUGCGCGUGUUUUACGAUCAGACGGCGCCACAGGACCCGUACGACAAGGGCUCGUACCCCGCAGAAGACGAACAAGAGCAACAGAAAGCCCCUCAGGCGGCCGAGGACGACUUUCAAGAAGAAGAGUCUAUCUUCUGGACUAUCCUGAUCGGCCUUUUGAAGAUUAUCGUUGAAAUCUUGUUCUGAAGGUAUUUGUCGGCGCUGUCAUGGUAGACGGAGGAGCUCGUGCUUUUGCAGCACAGGUGGCCCUGAUGCACGAUAGUCUUUCUUUGUUGUGUUGGUGAGGAAAUGUCAUGUCAUAAUCUGUUUAUGAUUCACACAACUUAACAUUUCCUUGGUUAUGAGUAAAUAUACAUGACUGGUAGAGCUUAACUUAAGACCUUUUGGCAGUCCUUAUGGGCCACUGGUGAAUUAGACAUACAUGUGAUCCAUAAUUGUUCUGCUCCAUAUUCCUACAAUCAUCUUUCACCAAAUUACACCACGCAAGGCAGCAGCAGCCAGCGCAGAACCAUUUGAAAAGUUGACAUUAUGCUGAUGUCAGUACUUUGUGGUGGAUCACAAAAUGCCGAAUUCACCGGUGCACCCCAAAACGCCAGAAAAUGUCUUAAGUCGUGUUUUACAAAGUAUGAUUUUUUUGGUAAGUUAGCAUUAAAGUGGUGAUUUUUGCAGCUGAUUUUGACUUGACGUCUUCUCCCGCAGAAAAAGAGAGAGCUAACCGCAUCGGGGCAGAGCGCAGGCGAGCUCACAGUCACGGCCAAAAUAAAGAUGCAGCCUCUUGGGAUUUUUUCUGACAUGAACUGAAAUGAACCGAAGGGGCAAGGGGCGGACGUACGAGAGAAAUAUUUUUGGAGACUUAACUUAUUUUCGUAAAUCUUUCCUUAAUGAAGACAGAUUUUGAGGUUGCUGUUCUGGCUGCGGCUCACCACUCUGCCCGUGAAGUGUCUGAAUGAAACCACUUGUCUUAAUUUAGCAUAAUUUACAUCAAAACGGCUGCGUGCGGGGGGGACUUAGCAAUAUAACUGUGAGUGUCACUGUUACCCAGUUGGAGAACAGCGGCUUCCCACGAGCCUUGAAAAUUCUUGAAAGUUUCGGGAUUCGAGAACAAAGCCUUGAGGGCACUUUUUUUGUAAAAAUUGAAACAUAGCAUCCAAAUUUGUCUAUGCUCUCUUUUCCGUCCUUGAGUCAGCACUUCAUAUCCCGAGGGAAAAACCCUGCGAUGGAUAAGUGCAGUUUUGAAAAUGAAGGAUUUCACCAGGAUGACAAGACCUGGAGUAAACAGUGAGGUUUACAGCCAGAGUCAUCCGCUCCUCCAAAACAUGCCUGAGCUUGAGUGCUUGAAUUUCAAUGAGUGGGAAUGCCUGGAAACGUCUGGUGGUGGUCAUAGUGGUGGUGGUGGUGGGGUUGUAUACAUCUUCUUUUGCAGCACCAAGAUGGUUUUUUUUUUUUUUUUUUUGCAGCAGCACCUGUUCACUGUCAUCUUCAUGUCAUCACUUGUGCUCACCUGUUGGACACGCUCUUGAUUUUAAACAUCACCUCCUGUAGGUUGGACUUUGGGUUUCGAGUAGAAACAAACAAACAAACAAAAAAAAACGUCACCGUACCACUGAGCAGAAAUGUUCAACAGUGCCUUCUGUUCUGAUCAGUCUUCUCCUCUCCAGGGUGAACAGCCAUGCAAUUUUCCUGUUUCCAGAGACGUUUCACUAAAGGUUUCUAAAUAAAGCAGCCGUUUUGCAUACCGCUGGA